AUGACUCCGUGGCCGGGAUUAGGGAGAGCUUACCAGUCGGCCCUGAGGGAGGAACGUGUGGCCGAAGCCGCCCGCGCAGUGGAGGAGGAGGCAGCGCUCCAGGAAGUGAGGAUCGUGGCGCCCUGCCCGAAAAUUGCGGCGCCAAAGUCGGCAAAGGUUCCCACAAAGAACCUCCUCCUUGAGGUGGCGGAGAACAUCCGUCACGUCUCACAAGCGUCCCGGAACCUCAAAGGGACGUUUGUGAAGGCUCUCAAGGAGGAUGCCGCCAAGCUGCAGGAGCGCGCGGAAGAGCCCUCCUCCGCGGAAACCGCGAGACUGGAGGCCAUAAUAGCCUCCCUCGAGCGGAAGGUGACGGCACUGGAGGCUGCCUUGGCCACCCAGAACAAAAUCCUCGAGGAUUUUGUGGCCGGCGACCGCUCCAGGGAGCCGAAGGCGGCCUCUAAGAAAAGGAGGAGGAUCGCCUCGAGCGGCAUGAGAGACGGAUGGAAGCUCUCAUGGAGAAAACGCUCGAGGCGAUCUCGGCCAAACUCGCCCCAGCGCCCUUCCCACGCUCGUCAGUGGCGUCGGUGGUGUCUGGCCCGUCCUGGCCAGCCGUCGGGGAGAGGAGGAGUCGGGCAGCAGCAACACUCGCGGCUCCGCCCAGAUCUGCUGACGUUCCAGCUCCCGCCUCGGCCCCGCUCCUGCAGCCACACCUGUGGCCGAGGAGCCUGCCCAACGCCCGCCGCGUCGGCGUAUGCGGGGUCCAGGAGGAGAGCGGCGACGCCUCUGCCUCAAUCCGCUCCGGCCCCCACAACAGUGGAAGAAGGGUGGACAGUGAGGCAGAAGGUGGUGCGCAAGGUUGUGCCCCAGCUUCGUCUUCCGAAGAAGGCUGCCGUCACCCUGACGGUAGCACCGGAGGCGGUAGAACGGGGCACGACCUACGCCCAGGCCCUGCAGGCGGUCAGGGGCAAAGUCGACCUGGCCAGCCUUGGCAUCGGGGUCGGCAUGAAGGCGCGACGGGUGGCCACCGGUGCCUACCUUUUCGAGGUGCCCGGACCUGAGUCCGAGGCGAAAGCCGACUCCCUCGUCAUCAAAAUGAGGGAGGCGCUCUGUGGGUUGGAAGGCGUUCGCGUCUCCCGGCCCGUCAUGACGGCAGAGCUGCGCAUCUCAGGGCUUGACGAGUCCGUCACCCCUGACGAUGUCGCAACGGCUAUCGCCAAAAUCGGAGAGUGUUCGAUCGAGGACCUGAAGGUGGGCCAGGUCAAGAUCGAGCACUCGGGUCUGGGCGCCGCGUGGGCCCAGUGCCCGGCAAAGGUGGCGGAUAAGGUCGCCAGGGCAGGACGCGUCCUGGUAGGCUUCGUGUCCGCCGGGGUCCGGCUCCUUGAGCCGAGGCCCCAAAGGUGUUACAGGUGCCUUUGCCGGGGGCACGUAGGUGCUAAAUGCACCGCAGGGGUGGACCGCAGCGGGAUCUGCUACCGUUGCGGUCUUGAGGGCCACAAGGCCAAGGGUUGCUCCGCGGAGCCGCAUUGCGCAGUGUGCGCAGCUGCCGGCAAACCCGCGGGGCACAGGGUGGGCGGCAAGGAUUGCGUCGCCUCUUCGACCCUCCCGCAACCGUCGCGGAGGAGGUGCCGAGGUUGUGACGCGUCCGCAACCGUCCCACCCAGUGGAGAUGGAGAUCGCCCAUUAAAUCAUGGCACAAAACAUUUCCUCCAGGCGAACAUCAAUCACUGCGCCAGAGCGCAGGACUUGCUUGUUCAGAGCCUGGCGCAGUGGUCAAUCCACGUGGCUGUAGUCAGCGAGCCGUAUUUCGUUCCCCGGGAUGACUGGGCAGGGGACUCCGACGGCUCGGUGGCUGUCAUCACCGGGGUGCCGCCGGCUCCCCGCCCUUCGAAAAAAAGUAGAGAAGGGUACCGGAUGUGUGGCGGUUCUGUUGGGGGUGUGGGUAGUGGGAGCCUACUUCUCCCCAACAGAUCCCUAGCCGAAUUUGAGAGUUUUCUCAUUCGGCUGGGAACCCUGGUGGUGCAAAGCAGCCAGCCCCGCCCUGUGCUUGUCGCCGGCGACUUCAAUGCCAAAUCCUUGGCCUGGGGUUCGUCGGUGACGGACGCGCGGGGCUGGAGAGUCCUGGUGGAGGAGGAGACGCUGUCCGAUCACCGGUACAUACGGUUCAGUGUCUCCACUCCCCGGACCAACCAGCCCAGCAACAGUGGAAGUUUGACCUCCCGACGAUGGGGCGGCCAGCGUUGGGCCGUUACGCGGCUCAACCGGGAGGCCGUGAAGGAAGCCGCUCUUGUUCAGGCGUGGUUCCCUGUACCGGCAGGGCCGGUGCGGGUCGAAGAGGAGGCGGAGUGGUUCGGGGGGGCAAUGUCGCAAAUCUGCGACGCGGCCAUGCCCCGGGCCCGAUGCCUCCCUCCGAAGCGACAGGUGUACUGGUGGUCGGCGGAGCUCACCCAGUUACGCGCGUCCUGCAUGGCUGCGCGCCGUCGACUCGCCAGACACCGCCGCCGUCAUUCCCGUCCGCCCGGCGAUGAUGAACAGGAGCGGCUGCUUCACGGCCUACACAAGACGGCCAAGAGAGCGCUGCGGGUGGCCAUUGCGCAAGCAAAGGCCGCGGCACGUGAGGAGUCUCGGAGAACUCUCGACAGCGACCCGUGGGGACGCCCGUACCGCAUGGCGUUGAGCAAGCUCCGCCCGUGGGCGCCCCGCUGA